AUGCUCCGAAGUGCCAAAAACAGCACAGAGAGGGGCAAAGGAACGAAUGACAAAACACGCCCCCCCGAGAGCCGCUGCGGCAAGCAAGGGUCUGCCGCGAGCGUCCGGGCUUCAUUGGAGAAUCCAGGGCCCGACAGGCUGUUUCGCUCUGUUCUCAUCCGGAGCCAAAAUGGCGAAAUCGAGGCGCCCGGUGGUGAGAUUGAGAGAAAUCCCACAUUGCCUUCAACGUUGCAGAGCGAUGGCCCGAAGGACGUGGGGCCCCCAUGA